UGCUAGAACGUACCAGAUUAUACUUUCCCUUACUACAACGUGCCACCUUCUUCUCCAUUCGUUGUCGAUACAUAUAUACGUUCCAAGACUAGCUAGUAAGUAACCAAGUACCAUAACGAAAUCUAGCGAGGAAUUUAAACUAGGCAUCAUUUCGUAACUGGGUAAAAUGCAAUCGAGAAUAUUAUCAGUGGCUGCAGCUAUAUAUAAAGUAGGAAGGAUGUCGUCGAGUAUUUGGGUCUUGCCUAAUAUUCAAGCUGAUCUUGGGAGAGGACUUGCCUCGGCCAGAUCUGGUCGUACUGCGGACCCUGCCGUUCACGCUGGGGGCUUUGACGCUGACCCUCUUGUCACUACAGGAGAUCCGGAAGCACCAGAAAAUGUUACAAAGGAGAAAUUGGUUGAUGAAGAACAUAUAGAUACAGAAGACAGCCGUAGAUGCAGAGGAACAGAACCACUGUCACCGCCUAAACCUCCAUAUGCUGGUUCCCCCAGGCUAGAGAGCACAGGGGUAAACCAGCAGCCUUUGGAUCCAACCUUUCAGCAGAACCGUAGCCUUGCAACCGUAGGUGGAGCUAAUUCAUUAUUAGACUUUAGCUGUGCAGGGCUUGACGGCUCGCCAUGGCCAAAGGACACGGAAAAACAGCAGACAGAUAGGGAAGAACAAGAGGAUGAACAAGAGUACUACAAGCAUCAUCAGGCGUCACCCUUGUCAGAGAUUAAGGUGGCCGAUACGCGAAAGCCCAUUACCCGCGCCACAGACAGGACAGCCGACGCUAGGGAAGAAUAUGGCGCAGGUAGAGAGGUGAUUGGAUGGAGGCCUGAGCAGCUGGAUACAGCCGAGGAGGCACUGCUUAGAGCUGCAAGGAUAUGGAAGGAGAAUGCCAUGCGUGGUGACCCUGAUGCUCCUCAAUCUAGGGUUCUCAGACUACUACUGCGUGAACGUGGAGAUUCGACUACAGAAUAUGUGAUCGAUUAAUUUUGACUCACGGGAGUGGCAAUCUUGGAGACGAAUAGUGGAAUAUUGGCAUCUGGUAUAUAUUGAAUAAACAGGACAAUGGCCGAGUUGGUAUCGUAGCAUGUUAUAUAUAAUUAUGGUAAUGUGAUCUGGAGAGGAAGUUAAAUGGGCGGGAUGAAUUUGUUUGAUAUUAAGCAGUGGUCAACGGCAUUUUUGGUGUAUAAUCUGUUGUCGAGACUAGUCAAGUUAUUUUGGUUUGAUUUUGGUAUUGUUGAAGUGUGAAUUGCAUGGAAA